AUGAGUCAACGGGCAAAAAUUCAUUGGUUGGAAGUGGGAGAUGGUAAUAAUAAAAGCUUUCACAGAGCUGCAAAGGUUAGGGAGAUUCGGAAUUCGAUAAGAGAAAUUAAGAGGGUAGAUGGGUCGAUUGCAGACACUCAAGAAGACAUAAAGAAAGAAGCGGUAGAUCACUUCUACAACUUCUUAAAUCAUGUUCCUCUGGAUUAUAAAGAAGCCAGCGUGGAAGAGUUAAAGUCGAUUCUCAAUUAUGAAUGUUCUGAUGAAGAUAAAAGCAUGUUAACGAGAACUGUGACAGCUGAAGAAGUGAAGAAGAUUCUCUUUUCCAUGGCUGCUGACAAAUCUCCGAGACCAGAUGGGUACACAAGCGAGUUUUUUAAAGCCGCUUGGAAUAUUGUAGGAGGGGAUUUCAUUAAGGCAAUCCAAGCUUUCUUUGAUAAAGGGUUCUUACCAAAAGGUAUUAAUUCUACCAUUAUGGCCCUCAUCCCAAAGAAUAAUGAUGCUGCAACUAUGAAGGAUUAUCGCCCCAUCUCUUGCUGCAAUGUGAUUUAUAAGGUAAUAUCCAAACUGCUGGAAAACCGUAUGAAAGGUAUGCUCCCUCUUUUCAUAUCUUUGAACCAAUCUGCGUUCGUAAAAGACAGAUUACUCAUAGAGAAUGUUCUCUUAGCCUCAGAACUAGUGAAAAGCUAUCAUAAAGACUCGGUGAUAGAGAGAUGUGCAGUGAAGAUAGAUGUGUCUAAGGCAUUUGAUUCUGUACAAUGGUCUUUCUUGUUGUCAGUGCUAACAGCUUUAAACUUCCCUGAGAGGUUCAUUGUUUGGAUUAAGAAGUGCAUUGAGAUGGCUUCUUUCUCAAUUCAGAUCAAUGGGGAACUUGCUGGUUACUUCAAUAGCAAGAGAGGACUGCGUCAAGGUUGCUCCCUUUCUCCUUAUAUGUUCAAGAGAAUCGGGUUUCAUCCUUAUUGUAAGGAGUUAAGUUUGACACAUAUGUUUCUUAAUAUCAGUUUGGAGAAGUCUACACUCUAUCUGGCUGGGGUUAAAGUUGAGGACAGUGAGGCUCUUGGGCUUCCUCUCCUUACCAAAAGAAUGAAUGUCCAAGAUUACAGUCCGCUAAUCUCUCGAGUAAGGAACAAGAUCUCUUCCUGGACGGUGAGGCACCUUUCAUUUGCUGGAAGACUUCAACUUAUUGGGUCUGUUCUUUAUAGCAUCACUAACUUCUGGAUGUCGGCAUUCAGACUGCCAAGUAAGUGUAUACAAGAGAUCAACAGCAUAUGCUCCGCUUUCCUCUGGUCAGGGCCGAUUCUUUCUAUGCAAAAAGCCAAGAUAGCUUGGGUAGAUGUUUGUAAACCGAAGAAUGAAGGAGGCCUAGGAUUAAAGAAUCUGUCUGAUGCUAAUAGAGUGACGUGUUUAAAGCUCACAUGGAGAAUUCUAUCAGCCAGAUCAUCAUUAUGGGUGCAAUGGAUUUGGAAAUAUCUUAUACGGAAAGGUUCGUAUUGGAGUGUAAAUGAGAAUAGUGCUCUAGGGUCUUGGAUGUGGAAGAAAUUGUUGAAACUAAGGCCUUUAGCUAUGCAACUGUCGAGAAAGGAUGUCAACAGCGGUGCUAGUACCUCUUUCUGGUUCGAUAGAUGGUCGCCGCUGGGGAAUCUUAUUGAUCUAACAGAAGGAAGAGGAACAGUGGAGCUUGGUAUUCCUCUAAACAGUACGGUGGAAAGGGCUAUUCAGUUGUAUCGGGUUAAAAGACAUAGAGUCUCCACUCUCCAGCUGAUAGAUCAGAAAGUGGUGAAGCUAAGAAACAGAGGGCUUAGUCAAAUGGAGGAUAUAUGUUUAUGCAAGAGAGAGAAUGGAGAGUAA